CACGCUUGCGACAGCCCGGUCAUGGAGUCCCACGAAGCGUCGCUCGUGAUCUCGCAAGGCGAGGUGCGCAUGCUCAACGAGAUUCUACACUCGCCCGUUGCGCGCCACCGCCCGUCGCGUCGGUACGCCCACAUGUGCCAGCUCUCGGAGCCGCCUCCUCAGCACGUCACAGAAGUGCCCACGCCGUACGAGCCUCCGUCCCAAUACGACAUUGGUUUCAUCACCAACAACGACGCCAGUCGCACACAGCACCACCACACGUACGGCACCAAGGAGACCGAGGCGCGGGCAGUGUCGUACUCGUCGCCUUCGCCGUGCACGGCGCUCAGUGCCAUGUAUGCGUCGAGUGGAUACAAGCCUGUCGAAAGCCCACGCGCGCCGGCAACCAGCGACGUGCACACGACGUGGACUUCAUAUGGCACGCCGCCACAACACCGCCACGAGCAGUCUCGCGAUUCCUCUACGCACGGGCAAGGAUACGAGCUGAGCCCAGUACAGGCGCUGGUACCACCCAGCUUUGGCACGCUUUCGUACAUGCCAACGUACUUGCCUGGAACGAAUAUCCAGUACCAGCACAACUACACGUCCAUCUCGCGACCCUACAGUUAUGCGCCUCCCGCAGAGACGACGCCGUACCACUGUCUACCCCCCGCCCCGCUUCCGCCGACCCCGAUCAUGGUCGCGUCGCCGUCGAUCCAGGCAACGACGAGCGACGAACUGCAGGACAACGCCAAGAAGCCACCUCGCACGUGCAAGUACGCCAACUGCAUGAAGACGAUCCAGCGCCACGGGCUCUGCCACAAGCACGGCGGCGUUCGAAAAUGCACGAAGGAAGGCUGUUCGCGCAAAGACCGAGGCGAAGGCUUUUGCGUCGCCCACGGCGGUGGCAAGCGCUGUGCCCACGACAGCUGUGAAAAAGUCGUGCGUCGGGGGCUCUACUGCAUGCACCAUUCGGUGCCAACCGCCGCCGCUGGCAACUCGAUCCGCGCGGCCUAAUCGUCGACUCUACAGAUGAAACUCACGUGGCUGUAGUUUACUAUGUGUUCUUAUUGGUGUCAUAUUGCGCUCAACAAAAUCGUCGCUCCCUUUAUUUCUUCUUAGAGCUCUUGAAGCUUCAAGCUCUUAUAGCUCUCCAAAUAGCUCUCUUUAGAACUUGACCCUCAUUCAUAACUCCAAUGUUAGCAAUUGGC